AUGACAACUAAAUCAAAUUUUCUAAACAGUAGAGAACAUUAUGUACUCAGUGAAACAGAUACCUCAGAAGAUGGUCUUCUCAAUACUUCGGAUAACUUUUACUGGCAUUCUCACUCUUCAACAUCUCACGAGUAUGAUUCCGACUCAAACUCCAAAAAUAGUGACUGGCCCGAGUAUGGUUCUGAUUCGACUAGCGAAAUUGAAUCCAAGUAUAGUAACGACUCAUACAACGUAAAGAAAUCAAAGCUUAAAGAGAAACGUCAUGAUUUGAAUUCUGGUUCAGGAAAUGAUUCUGAUACUUCACGUGGGUCCAGUACCAUAACAGACGAUUCAUUCAGUACAAUAAUCGGCGAUACAAGUCAAGAAGAGGACGGAAGAAUAAACGAAGAUGAUCAAUAUGAUAGUUUUGAUGAAUACUCUCCAUGGAUGCCCGAAGUGUCUUCUGGUACAGAUGAUAGCACAGGUUCCGAAUGCACACAGAAAAAAAGAAGAAAGCUCGGCAGCAAUUCCAUCUCCUGUUGUGUAUGCGGUGGUCCCGACUUGUAUUUUAACUAUAUCUGUAUAUGCGUUGGUUGUAAUGAAGGAUAUCAUCAAAUGUGCCAUGAACCAAAGAUCAGUGACAGCACUGCAAGUUACAAUAUUGAAGAAAGAUGGCAUUGUAUGGAUUGCCAAAUGGCAAUUCAGAAUGGAUCAUCAGCAAAGAGUGCGAAUCGCGCUGGAAGAAGGGAGGCCGAGGUGCUUCAAAUAGCCAAUAAAAGAUAUGGAAAUUUUGGACCAACUUGUCAUGAACAAGCAAAAGAAACAAUAAUUUUCGAAGAGCAUAGCAUGUCAAUCAAAACGAUUGGGAAAAACAAUCAAAACAUUAUUAACAUUAGAAAUGAUGAUAAUUCUAUUCAAAAUCAAAAAAUAGGGUUAUAUCAACAAAGGUCAGAUAGUAAAUGUUUAUCAAAUGGAUUUGCUGGUAAUAAUCUAAGGGGUGACCGUCAGGAUUGUGAUAAAGAAUCAGAUAAUGAUGUUUUAUUGCACUCUCGAAUUAAUUCAGAUCCAAAUAAUAAAUCGAGAAUAAUCACCAAAAAAAGGUUAAGAAACACAUUGACAUUUGUUCCUCUGGCAUCAGAAAAGCGACAUUCAACUGCAACUGAACUUCAUAAAUUAUUUUACGAGAAUUACCCAAUAUCAAAGGUUAAUUUUGAUGACAUUUUUAAACCCGAAGAUUGGGGUAGAAGUGAGAAUACGGACGCACCAUCCGUUAGGAAUAUCGGAACCCAUGUUGCAGAUACCGAAUUAUUGGGCAAGUCUUUCAGCCCCGCUAAAAAGAAUGGAGUUAUUCCUAAAAAGAUUAUUGUAGUCAACAAAAACACUUUAAAGAAUUCGAUUGGUUUAAACAAAAAUGGUUCAUCAUUGAACAAGAAUUCACCAAUGGCUAACGGAAAAAAAAUCAUCACCCAUGAGUUAAACGUUAACGUUGCUACAAACAAGAAUGUCACACCAACUAAAAAACCAUCGACUCCACCGAGAAGCACUAUUUUUCUUCAAAAUCCUGACAAUCAAGAACAUUCUUCCUCUGAUGAAAGUGUAUCGUUGACUCAGACAGUCGCCAGUCCGAAAAGAAAUGUAUCUUUACGUGAUGUCGUUGAAUGUACCCCUAAAAUCGUCACGCCGCCUAACAAAAGUUUUGGACCGAUGAAUCAUGAUGAUGAAGACUUUAACAUUAUUUCGUUGUUACCUAGAAAUCUUAUUCCUUGUAUUAAUUUUGGAACAUUGGCGUUUCGAGAGGGAACUAUAGAUCCUAAGAGAGGUCAGGUAAAGCGUGGUCGGGUGUUUUCAGUGGUAAAGUGA